AUGUCUCAGCGUGAUAUCACGAAAUUUUCCUUUCAGAUGGUUCUUCAGUUAUUUUCGCACGCCGCAUCUAUUGUGAUUGGAGCGCUUUAUCCAGCCUUUAAAACUUUCAAAGUCAUUCGUGAAGGCGAUUUCUUACAAAUGAAGCGAUGGUUAAAAUACUGGACCGUUUACGCAGGUUUUCUAGCAGUCGAUAGUGUUGGUGAUAUACUCCUUUUGCCGUACAUUGUGCCGGGUUAUUUGCUGAUGAAGAUGAGCUUCCUACUUUGGACAGCAUCACCAUGGACGGAUGGUGCUUCAGUCGUUCAUCAAAAAUUAAUCGCUCCACUACUGACAACAUAUGAGCAGGACAUCGAUGAGAUGCUAGACAAUAUGGGACGUUCCGUGCAACGACAGGCUUCAAGAUUAGGAAAUGGAGCACUUGAUAAAGCGCGUGUUGGAUUAUUGUCACUUGCAAUCACGGAUAGUUCAGCUACUGGUCAGCCAUUUUCCGCCAGUCGGUUUGCUCCAAUAACAGUUGCAGUGGAAGAACAAGCAGAAGAGGAUAUUAUCCGGCUAGUUGAUGAAGAAACAGAUGUUAAGAGAGAGAUGGAAGAAAGUGAAAGUAGUCUUUCUCCAGCACCAAAUCGCUUGAAAAGAAACUGCGCACAUUCUGAUGGUGUCAACGUUAUUAAAAAAGGACGAAGGCGAUCGAACAGAAAUAGGAGGGCGGAAGGAGAUGCACAAGAUCGGUCGCACCGCACAAGACGCGUUACAGCAAAUCGUAGUAUCUCUCGUGGGCGAUAA